CCAAGCUUUAUAAAGGAACAUCUUUGCAAUGCACCUCUUCCUUGUUCUAGGCCCGGCUGGGGAUAUUACUUGCAAUGAACGUCAAGGGUGUAACAGUAUUCCUGGGGGUUCUGGUCGGAGUCCAAUGUCUGCCAAGCUUCUUCCAUCAGGCCCAGACACAGGACAUCCAGCACACCGGAAGUGAAGCCAUCGGCACACGCGUACAGUGCGAGACAUGUAUACAGUACUCUAGAAAGUUCGGCAAUGAUCUCCUUGGCAUCAUUCUCAAUACAGGUACUCAUGGUUCGUGUGAGAAGCUGUGUGCAGUGCUCCAUGACAAGAGUCUGAGUCCCAUGUGUGAUCGUCUCUGCGAAUCUGUUGGUCUAGUUGAAUUUGCUGAAUACUUUAAGAAGGCGGACGCAAACCCUUUCUACUUUUGUGAGCUUAUGACCUUAUGCCCUGGAUUUGACAACGGUGACGCUGAAAUCACAGAGCUGUCAGUGGACCCACCAGUAGGGCCUCAGGGCACGAGAACAAUAAGCUAUUCUUACACCUCCAAGAAGGGAACAGGAACCGGAGAAGCUGUUCUGCUUGUUGAGACAAUUGAUGGAUAUCACAUUGACGAUAGUGUCCUCAUCCAGAAGUCUCCGCCAGGCACCUACCCCAACAGCGUCACCCUCACGACUAUCCCCCGCCCCCACUGUAACCCUAACAAGGAAGCCUGUGAAAAGUGGGUUCCUGGAAACUACACACUAUUUGUGGGUAUCUGCAAUGGCAGGUGUGGAAGCAACUUCCCACACAGCAAGAUCUACGACAUGCGAAACACCACGUUCGUCAUCACUGCCUAGACAAGUACUGGUGUAUGGUGGAAUAUAUGAGAAAAUGUGCCUUUCGUCUUAAUGUAUAUGUUGUACAAGAGCCAUGAUGUUCUAAUGACUCCUCUGAAUCUCUGCCAAUUUGCAACAUUUAGACAAAAUUGAAGUUUAACUAUAGGUCAUAUGGCCUAAAAUAUUGAAUAAACUUCUGUCUGUCUGUAAA